UAGACGCUGUAAAAAUCCUAUGAAAUAGCAGGCGCGUAUAGCAAAUAUAUAUUUAUAUUUGCGUGUGCAACAUCGGACCGCGAGCGUGUUCGGUCGACGUGCUCGAAGGAAGGGUGAAGAACGGCAGGAGCGGACGCAAAGAACUGGGGUAGAUUUCCUUAGAUUAUUUCUUAAACAAGGAAUAUUUCCUAAGUUAUAUCAAUCACGAUCAACUAACGCUCGGAACGAUGUCAGCAGGUCUAGCUGCAUUGAAUUGCGAUCUACGCUCUUACUCCCGACUUUGGCUCGGCGAGUUUAUUGAACUUUAUCAACAGGAAGAAUGUUUAUGGCAUCCGAAACAUCCUGACUAUAGCAAUCAUAGUAUUCGCAAUAAGGCCUAUGAUCGAUUGGUAGAAAAACUAAAAGAAGUUGAACCAAAUCCUGAUCGAGCAAUGGUGGUCCGAAAAAUAAACUCGUUACGUUCGGCAUUCAGGCGCGAGUUUCGCAAAUCAAGUUCCAAGAAUAACUACGAAACACGUCUAUGGUACUAUGACAAGCUGCUUUUCAUCGCUGAACAGAAUCCAAAACGACUUGCUGCUUUGCGAGACGCUAAGACACCAAAACGUUCCUUGGCAAUAAGUUUCGAUGUUGAUGACUCGAUGGAGUUUGAGGAAGAACCAGUUGUGGAAACGAUUACUGCAUCGCCGGUGGAAAGUCUCAACCAUUCACAACCAGCUGAGAUGAAAACUGUGACCGUUACAUCGGGUGAAUGUGUUAUUGUGAAGGACGAAGAUCAGCUUCAGCACCAGCACCAACACCAACACCAUCAUCAACAUCAGCAUGCACACCAACAUCCACACGAAUUGCAGCAACAUCAUAGCGCCGAACAGCACUUGCAACAUGCCACAGCCACACCGCAACCUCAGCAUGCAACAGAAGUAAAGGUCUUAGAAAUAACGUCUUUGGAUACCAAUUCGCAGCGCGAAAUUCAGCAGGCUGUCAGUUCGCUAGAACAGCAUCAGCAACAAAUGCAACAUCAGCUUCAACAACAGCAACACCAACAACAGCCCAGUCAGACUAGUUCAGCCCAAAUAACACAAAUUCACCAGCAAGUUCCAACCAUACAAAUAGCGCGGGAACACUUACAGCCAUUGUUUGGAAAUUCAUACACAACAACUGCAACGCAUAGACAGGAGGACGAAUACGAUGCUAUUGGUAUGAAUGUGGCAUCAAAAUUACGGGUUAUGAACCCCACACAGAGAAUCAUCGCCGAAAAAUUGAUUAGUGAUGUGUUAUUCAAUGGCCAAUUAGACAAUCUUAACGUUAACUCUACAUUGGCUCAGUGAGAAGAGAUUAAAUAUGAAUAGGAUCUGCAAGAGAGGUAAAAUAAGUAUAAGUAUGAAUUUAGGCACAUGCCUGUUUGUAUGUACAUAAGUAUAUAU